UUGACGUUAAAGUUACUCUCAGUGAACCGUACAUACAAGUUACAACAUAAUAAAUUUGCGAACAACAUUCGUAUUGUAACAUAAACAUUGACCAAAAUGGACAUCGUGUGUAAAUUGGAAAAAGAAAUAUUGGAAAUACGCAAGAAAUUGGUAUGCAAGGAGCAAGAAUUGCUGGAAGUAAAAGAAAAAAUGGGUACGGCACAAAUCAACAGUAAAAAUGGAUGUGACUUGGACAAAAGAAACUCUUUAAAAGUGCAAUUUGGUGACAGCAUUCCGAAAUGGGCGAUAGAGAGGUACAGCCGUCAAAUUCUAUUACCGGAUAUAGGCGUCCGCGGCCAAGAGAACCUUAUGAGGGGCAAAGUCCUAAUUGUCGGGGCCGGAGGCCUGGGGUGCCCUGCAGCUGUGUACUUAGCAGGCGCUGGUGUUGGUGAAAUAGGCAUAGUAGACUAUGAUACUGUGGACAUAACAAAUAUACAUAGACAGUUUUUGCAUACCGAGAAAGAAGCAAACACAAGCAAAGCUGAAUCGGCUGCAAAUAGCUUGCGGAGCAUAAAUUCUCGAAUAAAAGUCACCGCAUACAAAAUUCAAUUGGACUCGUCGAACGCUCUAGAAAUUGCUUCGAACUACGACGCCAUAUUGGAUUGUUCUGACAACGUGCCCACAAGGUAUAUGCUGAGUGACGUAGCUGUGAUUGCUAAGAUACCGUUAAUAUCAGGGAGUGCUUUAAAAAUGGAAGGGCAGUUAACCAUAUAUGGUUAUAGAGGUCAGGGUCCUGAUGAUGAGCCUGGGCCAUGCUACCGCUGCGUGUUCCCCCGCCCCCCGCCACCGGAAGCAGUUGGUAGCUGUUCAGCCAAUGGCGUCGCUGGUCCCGUCCCAGGGGCCAUAGGUGCAUUACAAGCGCUGGAGGCAAUUAAGCUACUGGUUGGUCAUGCUCGAGACAAGUUAUUGGUUGGGAGGAUGUUGAUUUUUGAUGGGGAAGACAUGAGUUUUAGGACUGUAAAGCUUCGUCCCCGAAACGUCCAAUGCCCCUCGUGUUCUGAAAACCCAACUAUAACAAAAUUGGUCGACUACGAAAUAUUCUGUAGCGCGCAGGCAAAUGACAAGGAUUUAAAUCUAGACAUCCUACCGCCGGAGAACCGAAUAACCGUCACGGAAUUGGCGGGAAAGCUGACGGGCGACGUUUCAGAAAAGCGCCACCUGUUGGUCGACGUGCGGAGCGCGCCCGAGUUCAACAUGUGCAAGAUAGAUGGCGCUGUUAACUAUCCGAUAGACGAUCUGCGCAAGGACAAAAUGGACGCUCUGCUGACUGAAAUAAGGAAAUGCACCAGCCAGGUGACUUUCAUCUGUAGAAGAGGCAACGAUUCCCAAAUCGCGGCCAAGCGUGUUCUCGAUGUUAUUGAGGACAAACAUAAAAACAAAAUCAAGGACUUAACUGGCGGCCUGCACGCGUGGUCUAAAUAUAUUGAUCAUGAUUUCCCUGUCUAUUAGAAUAUUUUUAUUAUUAUUUCCCUGUCUAAUAGAAAGAAAAGAAAAAUAUAUAUCAGAAAAUAAGCAAUACAAUAAUUAAUGGCUAGUCUUAACAAUUGUUUGGGAAUAGUGGAAUAUAUUAUUUUUAACCGAGUUCAUAAAAGAGCAGGUUCUCAAUUGGACUGUAUUUUUCUUGUUUGUAUGUAACCUCGUAACUUUUUACUGGGUGAACCGGUUUUGAUGAUUCUUUGUUAUUAGAAAGCUAGUGCCGACUAUGAGGUCCAAUUUUGAUCUAGUUCUAAAAAUUGAAGGGAGUUAUUGUUAAAUAUAAUUAUGUUGUUAUGAAGUUAUUACAUACUAGAAACACCCAACUCAGGACUGCUUAUUAAAAUAUCAAAUAUUAUUCGAAUUAUAAAUUAAAUUAUUAGAAAUAUUAUAAAACAUUCAUUGAAAUCAACACCUUAUGGCGUUGCAGUAGCGAUCAAAGUCGUUUGUAAUUGAUUAAAUUGUAUAGCACAUUAGAAAACUCUGCCUAAUACAUGCAUAGGCAGAGUUUCGGUUAGGACAAUUUUGUACUAAAUCUUAUUAUCAAUGUAAAAUAUAAAGUUUCUUUGAAGUUGAUAUAAAUAUGUCUUUUUCUAGAAGAUUUAUCUGAACUUUCUAGAACAUAAAGGUAAUGGAGAAAUCUCAUAUUGUAAUUCGUAUCAUUGAAUGCUGCACUUUUUGUAGAAUUCAGCUGAUAUUUUAUUUAUAACUAAAGUGUAUAAAUGAACAUUUUUGGUUUUUUUUUUGACUUCACCUUAAUAGUCCAAUAUCGACCAUGUCCCACCCUAAUGUCUGACACUAGGAUGGGUAAUAGUCGAAAAUUGAUCCAAGCUAGUGUCAGACAUUAGGAUGGGAUAUAGUCGAAAUUUGGUCGAAAUUAGACUAUAAAAGUGAAGUCCCGUGUCCCCUAGUGGAGUAUGGGGCAGAUGACAUACAUCUAUUUCACUGAUCGAUUUUCUGUAUGGACAAGUAGAUCAACUUUCUGUGUUCUGCCAGACUGCGACAUUUUUUUUGAGACUCAAAAAGUGUUAAUAAACUGGAGGUUGCAUUUUAAUAGUUUUUAUCUUAGAUUUAAAAACCAUUUUUGUUACAACCACCACCUUGGUACAGUAGUUAGUACGUGAGCGUAGAAACGAGGGUUCCCGGGUUUCAUUCCCGGUGGGGACUCACAAGAUGUCCCAUGUCUUGUUAGACAUGAGACAUUUUGUGCCUACUGUAUCCUGCUGGCUGAUCAUCUACUUGUCCAUAAAAAUCAAUCAGUGAAACAGGUGUAUGUCAUCUGCCCCAUACCCUACUAGAGGACACGGGACUUCACAUUUUUGUUAAAACGCGUUUUCCCCAGCUGGAACUAGUUACAACUAAAUGCCUUUAUUACAACUAGUUUUAAAAAUGGAAAACGAAUUGUAGAAUCCAAUUUAUGUCUAGUUUCUGAACACAUUUAUAUUGUUAUUAAAAAAUAUGAUAUUA